AUGGCGAACUCAUCUGCUAAUGAUAAACUACUAAUGGUGAAAACAUUGAAGAAAAAGGAUGGCAUUGUUGCAGUUUCUGGGAACAACUCAAAUGAUGUACUUGCGCUGUUGGAAGCUGAUGUAGGAAUCUCCAUGGGGAACAAAGCUGGGACCGAUGUCGUCAAGAAAGUCUCCAAUAUCGUAAUCUUGGAUGAUAAUUUUGCAUCAGUGGCCAGACUUCUGAAAUCGAGUAUAUGCAUUUACAACAACGCACAGAAAUUCAUACAGUUUCAGCUCACUCUCAAUCUUGCUGCUCUUGCUAUCAUCUUUAUUUCAGCAGCUUGUGCAGGUGAAAUCCCAUUGGACUCCACCGAUGUACUGUGGCUGAACUUGAUUGUAAAUACACUGGCUUCUCUGGCUCUUGCCACGGAGAGGCCCAUCGAAGAACCCAUCAAGAGGCAACCUGUUGGUAGGAAAGAGCCACUCAUAUCCAACAUCAUGUUGAGGAACCUCUUGGGUCAAGUUGUGUAUCAGAUUGUUGUCGUUUUGACAUUACUGUUCAAGGUCAAAUCGGUUUCUAAGAAGAGAAACACCUUGAUCUUCUGUGCUUUCCUGCUUUGCCAAGUUUUCAAUGAAUUCAAUGCAAGAAAUCUAGAGAGUAUCGAGAAUGUGUUUAAAGGGAUACACAGGGACAUAGCGUUUCUAGUUUGUACUGGAAUAACCAUCUCUGCUCAGGUACUGUUUAUGCAAUUGUAUUCGUACCAAGAAGAUGGUUAUUUUGUGAUGUUGAACUUGUGGCAUUGGGGUAUAUGUUUCGCAUUUGCCAUCAUUUCUUGGCCUAUCGAUUGGAUCGUCAAGUGCAUACCUGUUCCGAAGAAACCGCUUGUAAACUAUCUCUCGGAUACGUUUAAGGUGGUGGCUCAAUUUGGUAUGAAAAAAUAA